AUGGGAGCGGAGCUGACAUAUUCCAAGCAGGCAGCUGAUCAUACAAGUCCAGCAGACUGCGGUGGACUCCACUCGGAUAUGGAAGCGAGCGCGGCUGACACCGUCCGGAUCGUGUCCCGGCGCAUGGUCCGGCCUGAGUACGGUGCCAUGCCGAUGCCACCGGCGGACGACAUUCACCUCACGCCGUGGGACCUGAUCGCCAUCAGCUUCAAGUACAUGCAGACGGGGAUACUUGUGCCCAAGCCACCUGCUGGAGGUGAGCGGAGCCUAGUCGACAGCCUCGUUAGCUCCCUGGCGCGCGCCCUGGGCCGGCAUUACCACCUUGCCGGCCGGCUCGCCGUGGUCGAUCAUGGCGACGGAACAGUCUCCAUCCCGCUGCGCUGCACGGGGGAAGGCGCCGAGCUAGUCCACGCGGUGGCGCCCGGAGUGUCGGUGGCGGAGGUGGUAGGCACGCUGCAGUACACUCCGUCAUCCGUGGUCCGGGCGUUUUUCCCGUUGAAGGGGGUGUAUGGCGCGGACAUUGUAGUGGAUCCGUCGCUCCCCGUGGUGGGGGCGCAGGUCACGGAGCUCGCCGACGGGGUCUUCAUCGCCAUGUCGAUGAAUCACGCUGUAGGAGACGGCAGCUGCUUGUGGGAGUUGUUCAGCACAUGGUCGGCAAUCAACCGGGGGGAAGAGCUGACGGUUGCGCCGGCGCCGGCGAACCGGAGGUGGUUCAUAGAGACGAGCCCCGUGCCAAUCUACUUGCCAUUCAGCGCUCUGCAAGACUUGGUCGUCGGGCGGUUGGAGACCCCGCUGGUGGGAUAUGGUUUCUUCACCUUCUCGGCCAGCAGCGUCAGGAAGCUCAAGGCGCAGGCCAGGGAUGAGAUGCCGGAGGGAAACAUCUCGUCCCUCCAGGCCCUGGUCGCACACCUAUGGCGUGCAGUCGUCCGAGCCCGAAGCCUGGUACCGGGACAGGAGACGUCCUGCGACGUGAUCGUAGGGUGCCGCGGCCGCAUGCGUGGCAUCCCGGCUGGCUACGGGGGGAACGCCGUGGUGCCCCGCCGUACACCCCGCUGCACCGUGGGCGAGAUCCUGGACAAGGGACUGGGGUGGACGGCAUGGCAGCUGAAGCGUGCGGUUGAGUCGUUCGAGGAGGAGGAGGUGCGGGGGUGGCUGGAUCGCUGGGCACGGGAGCCCGUGUUCAUGUCUCCCUCGGCCUACCAGGGGGACGGGGCACUCGUCAUCGCGGGAUCGCCCCUGUUCGACUUCUUCCUCAACGACUUCGGGUGGGGAAAGCCGGUGGGCUUGCGGGGCUGCCCCGGUGAGAAGGCGGACGGGAUCGUGUCGGUACGGAAAGGGCCGGGGCAACAAGGGAGCAUUUCCCUGGAGGUGACUUUGGUGCCCGAAACGAUGGAGAGGCUCGUUGCCGACCACGAAUUCAUGGAGGCCGUGGCGGUGCCGCCGGCGUGA